GGCUCCCUAGGACACUGCAGGAACAGGAGUAGUUCCUUUCUUCUUUCUUGGGUUUGGUUCGAUCUCGCAGUCCUCCUUGCCCGGAUUGCCUGUUGUGCCAGUUUCUUCUUGAUUUCUCGCUUGCAUCAGGCCUAACAGUUUCUAUCCUGGCUCCUACGCUUAAGGGAGAGGGGCUUCUUUGGAGGAUAAGAUGAUAAUAGGGCCUGUUGGAUCUUUAUAUGCAUUGUCUGCCUAGUUAAUUGAUCCAUUCCAUUUCAUGAUUUGUUUAUCUCGUCACCACAUUCUUGCUUACACUGGUGAAUAAACUAUCCAGACUCGAUUUGGAUGCACCUUGGCAGCCAAUGUGAAUCAUCUUAACCUUCCCCUCCCUAAUAACAUAAUCUCACUCGUAUGGCACUCUAUGUUAUGUCCAAGGCCUCACCAUUUUGUGUUGUGCCUCUUCUUCCUUGCUGCCGUCUAAUCCCAACAAGCUAGAGGCUCACAAGACAAUGCCCAACGCUCUGCUGCACAACAAUGCAUUUAAAUUCUUAGGCCCUAUGCCUUUCGACGGUUUUAGAACGAGAGGUUUCAGCAUUCCUUUUUCGUCAGAGUUCAGACUACCUUUAUACUGUCUUUCCUUAAUCAUGGAAGGACUUUUGAUGCCUCCACUAGUUAAGAUGAUAAUCUUGUGUGGUGGAAGGUUGAUCUUUGGACCAGAUGCCAAGGCCACCCUGCUAUCUUUCACUCUAAUCGCAAUCCCUGUUGCUGUCUUCUGCGCCUUUGUGGCGAAGCAUCUCAUACACAUAUUUCCUGCAUAUAAUGCAGGCUAUGCAAUUCUUGCUGUCACCAUAGCCCUUACAAUUUAUGUACUGUUACUGCUCAUCCUUACCUCAUCUCAAGAUCCAGGUAUUGUACCACGGAAUUCACACCCACCUGUGGAAGAGUUUUCUCAUGAUGCUUCAGCUCCACAUACUCUUCAGUUUCCUCGAGUAAAAGAGGUUAUGGUCAAUGGUGUGCCUGUGAAAGUGAAAUACUGUGAAACUUGCAUGAUAUACCGGCCUCCUCGCUGCUCCCACUGCUCCAAAUGUGAUAACUGUGUUGAGCGUUUUGAUCACCAUUGCCCUUGGGUUGGGCAGUGUAUUGGAGAGCGAAAUUACCGGUACUUCUUCUGUUUUGUUUUGUCGGCGGCAAUCCUGUGUAUCUAUGUUUGUGCAAUGUGUGGAUUGUACAUCAAGCUUCUCAUGAGUAGGGGUCAUCAUUCAUUGGCGAAGGCCAUUAAAGAAUCUCCAGCUUCAUUGGCAGUCAUGGGAUAUUGUUUUGUUUGCUUCUGGUUUGUCGGCGGUCUCACUGGGUUUCAUUCUUACCUUAUCGCGACAAACAAGACAACGUAUGAGAAUAUCAAGUACAAGUACAGCAACCAACCAAACGUGUAUGACCAUGGUUGUGUGCGCAACUGUCAUGAGUUCUGGUGCACAAAAAGGAAGCCUUCUAAGAUCAACCUACGAGCUAUUGUUCAAGAGGAACAUGAGGUAGCGCAGCCACAGACCAGCUAUUCCAAUGUGCCAGAAGAUGAUGCACCUCAUCGUCCGCGAGCCAAGGUCGAGGAUGAUCUAGAAAUGGGUCUCGACAUUCUGAAGUCCCCAAGGCGCCGUACAGAUGAAAUUAGCGAUGAAGAAUUGGAGUCUGGAAGCAAUGGUGUUAAAUAUCGCACGCCAGAUUCAGAUACUGACAUCCCUGUAACCAGAACUAAGACUGAGAUCUUCGGUGAAGUUAGGGAUCUGAACUUGUCGGUUAGUAAUGCUGCAUUACCUUCAUCUCCUCAGCAGAAACAACACCCUGAUGAACUUUGUUGAUGGUUCACGAAUGUGCCUGUUCAUUGAAAGUUACUUUGCACAUUUUCAUAUAGCAGACACCAACAAAACUCGUUUAAGUUGUUAUCCACCAGGGCUGUGAAUGAUUGUAUUUGAAGGCAUAUGUUCUCAUUUGCCAUCUGUUUUUAGGAUUUAGACAGUUGCUUGAUCAAUCAUAGGAUUAUGUGUGUAAAAAACCCCCCAGUUUAUGGAAGGUUUUAGAUGUUUCUAGGAAUUGUUUGAAUUCUUCAGGAGCGUAUGAAGGCUUGAUUCAUAAUUGUACAUAA